AUGGGCAGGGUUGAGCUGACGGUGUGUGCAGCGCGAAGGCUGCACGACUGCCAGCUGAUUGGCCUGCCGGACCCCUUUGUGCGACUCACCAUGGGUGAAAAGAGGUACAAGACGCAGGUGGUGAAGAACGACCUCAACCCGGAGUGGAACGAGACGUUUCGCUUUCAAAUCGCGGACGAAAUGAGCGACCAAAUUCGCCUGGAGGUGUGGAACAAGGGCACGUACAACGAUGACCUCAUGGGGUACUACACGCUGUCCCUCGGCGGCCUCACAAAGGGCGUUGUGAAGGACCAGUGGCACAUGCUGGAAAAGUCCAAGACACAGGCAGAGCUGCAUGUGCGCCUGUUGGCGGUCGACUUUGGUUCGAUUCCCAAGCCGGAAGAGAUGCGGAUGGUGACAACAGAUAUCAACCGCGAUCCGAUAAAGCGCGCAAUGGAGGACGGCACGUGGCAUCCUGGGCAGAAGAGCGCACCACCGCCGACCGGUCCGCCGCAGUCCCAGCAGCAGCAACCACAGACCCAAGGAGUGCAAUACGUCUCCACGUCGCCACAGCAAGUUCAGUAUGUUGCACAGCCGCAGCCCGUGCAGUAUGUACCUCUUCCCCUUCAAUACGCCCAGCCGCAACCGCUGCCAGGCUACUAUCAGCCCUACCCGCCCCCGCAGCAGCUGGGCUACUACCCACUCGGCCCCCUGCCACCGCAGCAGCCUGCCUAUUAUCAGCAAGUGCCACCACCGGGCCAGCAAGGAUACUAUGCGCAGCCGCCUCCACAAGGCUACGCACCACAGCCGUACUAUCACUAUUAG